AUGGCAACCCUGCCAAUUUUUCUGUCAAACUUUACGAAUUCUUGCAUUUUUGCUGAGAGAAAAAUCCGAAACGUAAUAUUUUUUUUAUAAAAAAAUUCCUCUUCUUACCAUUUCACCGCAACAAUCAUGGACAUUGAACAACAACAGGACUUCUUAUUCCUUCUUGAAAUGUGCAAAUCCCCAGAAAAUGUCUUUCCCGUGGGUUCAAAGGAUUUCGAAUUGACACAAAAAUGGCUGAAUUAUUUGUCUACAUAUCAAUGUGAAGAUAGAGAUGAGAUGCGUCUGGUUAACGUGUAUAUGAGCCAUUUGUGUAGCGGUUUGGUGGAAGGAAAAUUGUAUGGACCAUUUCUAAAAGAACCUACAGAGGGUAAAUUGCAAAAAUUUGUUUUGUAUGCAGAAAAUGUUGAGACAUCAAAAGAUCAGUUCCUGGAUUUGCCAGAAACUUCAACUGCCAUGGGAUCCACGGAAUCCAUUGAACAAAUGCCAAAUUCAGAUCAGCCUUCUUCUAAUGCUUACAAGUUAAAUAAUGUUGAAAAAUCUUUAAAUUCAAAAGCUUAUGAAACCCAUGGCCAUGUCACUGCCGGCUCCACAAACCUUUACUUUCAUGUCUCGACUGGAGGCAACCAGCCAUCCUCGUCGUCGUGUCAUUGUCCGCCUCAAUACUGUCAAUGUGCUCAAAAUUCCAGCAGUUGCACCUGUAAUCGCACAAGGGCUGGAGCCGAUUCAACAUCUGCUUCGAGACUUGAUGAAGGGGCUUUAUGUGACUACCUUAUGCACGAACUAAAUCUUACUCCCGAUUUCCUAAAGGGGUACGACGCCAAACUCAACUCAUUUUUAGAUCUUUGCAAAGAGUGCAACUCAGAUGAAGCUCUCCAAGCUCAGUAUUUAGAAAAAUUCAAGUCUGCCCACAGUCAGUUAACUGCAAAGCAGGAUGGACCAGCGCCCUUGAAAAUAAUGAGUAAGGAUAUUUGCGAGCUUUUAGAAGCCAUAUUAUCAGAGUUGAAAGGUGCCACAAAACCUGGAGCUAGCUACUAUUUGGAACGGGAAUUGUGCCGCUACCAUAAAUUUCUCAUGUCCCACUCAGAUAUGGCACAGCACUUGAAGAUUUUGUCAUCGGAAAUGGAAUUGCGUUUGAUGCUUUUAUUGAGUUUGCAAAACGAUUUGGUUAAAUUAAUGUGCGAUGCAAUGGAAAACCUUAGCAAAUCCAAUUAAUUUUAAUUCCAA